CGCUAUCCAUUGAGCCACACCAGUCAGGGCUGUUUUUCCUUUUUGUCACGAAAGGUCUGUAGUGAACCUGAGCCCUGGCCGGCUCACUCGGUUGGUUAGAGCAUCAUCCUGAUACGCCAAGGUUGCGGGUUCGAUCCUUGGCCAGGGCACAUACAAGAGUCAGCCAGUGAAUGCAUCACUAAGUGUGGAAGCAAGUUGAUACUUCUCUCCCUCACUCUGAAAUCAGUCAAUACAUUUUAAAACUUAAAAAAAUAGUGAACCCUGGCCCGUCCUGCAGCCUCUGGGGUCUGUCUGUGUGUCCCCCAGCGGCCGCUGCUGCUGAAGCCCAUCCGAGCCCGAGGCGCCCCUGUGGGGCCACGUCCGGCCGACAGGCUGUGAACCCCACGCUGCCAGCUGCGGCUACAGCCAAGCCACGUCCCUUCCGUGCAGCCCAGACAUGGCCCGAUGUCUGCAGGGCCUCAGGGGCCUGGUCAGGUUCUCGCCUUUCUGGGUCUGUGUGGCAGCCUGUCCUGGGGCAGCAGGGCCCGGUCCAGCCGGUGCCGGUGGGAGGCGCAGGGAUCGGACGGCCCAUGGCCAGGUGCUGCGCCUGCGCCUCCCCCGUCUGCGCUGACAUCUGUGCACGUGGCUGACUCCGUGGACAGCAGCCACGCUCUGCGCCCACAGAUGCUGAGACAGCCCCGGGUCCAGCAUUAAUGUGACACACAGGCUCACUGCCGCCACUUGCGCUUCGUUCCAAAGUCAGACGGAACCUGGUCCGCCUGGGUCAGCAGGAGGUGGGGGCAGCAGCCCCGCUGGCACAGGACCCGGCUCCCUGGCCAGGCCCCGGGCGGCCGGGCUGCCCUUUCGCUCAUGGCAGAGUCUCGCACCUGCUGCGCCCGGCCAGGGACCCUGGUGGCCGGUGGUGUCGGUCCCACCCAGGGCCCAUCAAGACGACCAACCAGACCCCAUCUCCUGACCGAGCCCCCUUCUCCCCACCGAGCCCCCUGCACGGCCUGGGCUCCCGGUGAGGACGGACCUGUCUCCUCAGGCUCCCUGGUUGGUGCAGCGCCUCCUGCAGCCAUGGAGGAGGGGGAGGAGCAGCCGGCUCAGGAGACCAGCACGGACCCCGCGGGGCCCUCGGGAGCUGCGGAGAUGGUGCCCAGGGCGCCUCCCGGAGAACCCCAGAACCUGUGUUCGUGCUCCCAAGACCACGUGGUGCUGGGCGGCGAGGGUGGGCCGCUCCCGGACCGGCCCAUCCCCGUCACCUUCAAGAGGGCCAUCGCCGCGCUGUCCUUCUGGCAGAAGGUGAAGCUGGCCUGGGGCCUGUGCUUCCUGUCGGACCCCAUCAGGUAG